AUGGCGGAUGAGGACAGAAUGCACCCAGGUGUGAUCAGAAGAGACUUUGAUUUGGAUGGUGGAAAAGACCGAGACAUUUUCGACAUCAAUGAAGAUGCUGGGCUGAAUCUUAUGGAGGGUGAUAUUGUGUAUGAUAAGAAGCAAGGCAGGAACUCCAUACUGGGGGACGAGUACAGAUGGCCGACAACAAUUCCUUACUACCUGGAAGAUAGUCUAGAGAUCAACGCCAAAGGAGUCAUCCUCAAGGCCUUUGAACAAUACCGGCUGAAAAGCUGCAUCGACUUCAAACCCUGGGAAGGGGAACAAAAUUACAUCUCUGUUUUUAAAGGCAGUGGGUGUUUCUCUUCAGUGGGGAACCGUCAUGUGGGGAAACAACGGCUCUCCAUCGGGACCAACUGCGACCGCAUCGCCACCAUCGAGCACGAGUUCCUUCACGCGCUCGGCUUCUGGCACGAGCAGUCCCGCGCGGACCGCGACGACUACGUGACUAUCAUGUGGGACCUCAUCUCCGAGGGCAGAGAGCACAAUUUCAACACCUACAACGACACAACGUCCAGUGCACUGAACGUACCUUACGACUACACCUCCAUGAUGCACUACAGCAAGAACGCCUUCCAGAACGGGAGCGAGCCCACCAUCGUCACCAAGAUCCCCGCCUUCAUGGAUGUGAUCGGUCAGCGCAUGGAGUUCAGCGACAGCGACCUGCUGAAACUCAACAGACUCUACAACUGCACGACGUCCUCCACGUUCCUGGAGACCUGCAGCUUCGAGCGGGAGAACAUCUGCGGAAUGAUUCAGGGCCCGGGGGACACGGCCGACUGGACCCGGGUCACACUGGCCCCCGGCGGACCUCCCACGGACUACACCAACAUGGGCAGGUGUAAAGACUCCGGCUAUUUCAUGCACUUCAGCACGGCGACUGGAAAGGCGGGAGACAAGGCCUACCUGGAGAGCCGCCUCCUCUAUCCCAGGCGGGGCUACCAGUGUCUGCAGUUCUUCCACUACCACAGUGGGAACGCCGGGGACCGCCUCAACAUCUGGGUGCGGGAGUACGACAAAGCCAACCCCAACGGGACGCUGAGGUUCAUCGGAGAGGUCGCAGGGCCUCAAAACCUGUGGGAGAUACACCACGUCAGUCUGAAGGUGACGAAGAAAUUCCGGGUUGUGUUCGAGGGUACGAAGGGGGAAGGGCCGUCCUCGGGGGGCCUCUCCAUCGACGACAUCAACCUGUCCGAGACCGAGUGCCCACAGUACGUCUGGCGGGUGCAGAACUUCACGGGGGUGCUGGACUCCACGCCCGCCGGGGAGAAGAUCUACAGCCCCCGCUUCCGCUCCAAGGAGGGCUACACCUUCCAGGUGGGUCUGCGCGUGACGGAGCCCGACCCGAGCCCUGAAAACAUGGGAAUAUACCUGCACCUGACGUCCGGGGACAACGACGACGCCCUCAAGUGGCCCUGCCCGUGGCAACAGGUCACCAUGAUGCUGAUGGACCAGAACCCCGAUAUCAGGCACAGCAUGUCCAACCAGAGGAGCGUCACCACGGACCCCGAGAGGUUCGAACUCGACGGGAACGAGCAGAAGGUGUACUUCUGGGAUGACCCCAGGAAGGUGGGUGUUCUCGUCACUGAGCCGGACGGGACGCAGUACCAUCGCGGGCCGGGAACGGGGACCAGUGUGUACCUGACCCACAGCAGAGCAAGGAGCAGGGACUUCAUCAAGGGGGGCGACGCCAUCUUCCUCAUCACUGCAGAGGAUGUGUCCAGGCUCCUAGAGACUCAGCCGAUUCCCCCGACAACCGCACCCACCACCACCACCACCACGAGCAAGCCCCCGGGCCCCACGGGCCCUCCAAGUGACCCCUGCCGUGAGGUCACCUGUGAGAACGAGGGGGUGUGUGUGCUGGACGGGGGCGCGGCUGUCUGCAGGUGUGCCGUAGGGGACGACUGGUGGUACUCGGGUGACAGGUGCCAGCGGAAAGGCUCGACCCAGGACACGGUGACGGCGGCGGUGGCGUCGUCCAUGGCCGUGCUGGCGGCCAUGCUGGUGGUGACGGGCGUGACCGUGGUGUGCCUGAAGAAGAAGUACAAGAAGAAGCUGCGAGAGACGGAGCACGGGAUAACCCUGGAGAACAAAAAUGCAUCAUGAACAGCUGAUUUCCAAUGAAGAGGCCCCUCAGAAUAAGCUUCCAGUGU